AUGGGUGAUGAUACUUUCAACGACAAGUUACUGACUGAGAAGCUCUCGAAACUCAAUAGUUCUCAGCAAAGCAUUGAAUCUGUGUCGAAGUGGUGCAUAUCUCACCGCAAAAAAGCCAAGCAAGUGGUUGAAACAUGGGAAAAGCUAUUCAAAUCUGCACAGUCCCAGCAGCAAGUUUCCUUUUUAUACUUGUCAAAUGACAUCCUGCAAAAUAGUAGGCGGAAGGGCAAUGAAUUUGUGAAUGAAUUCUGGAAGGUUCUUCCGGCAGCUCUCAAGGGUGUUUAUGAUGGUGGCAAUGAGAACUGCAGAAAAGUUGCCUUACGGCUGAAAUUGGCUGUCGGAGGUUUGCCCGAGAAAAUAUUAACUGCUAUGCAGUUGGUUCAAGAUGAAGUUGCCAAUGAAGAAGCAGCCUUAAUCAAAUGCCAUGAUGCUGUUUCUUGCGUACGGGAAAUAGAGAAAGAUGCUGUAAAUGCUUCUUCUCAAGGCAAUAUGCAGGCUGAAGUGAUAGAUAAUAUAGAGAAACAGGAGAAUAUGAUUCAGCAGUGCAUUAGUGAACUCGACAAGUCAGAAGAAAUUAGAGUUGCACUAGUUUCCCAGCUUAAGGAAGCCCUUCAGGAUCAAGAAUCGAAACUCGAGCAGAUUCGUAGUGAGUUACUUGUUGCUCGAGGCCAGAUUCAGCAAGCAGCCAACAUUCGGCUCCGGCUAACAUCUGUCCCACCAUCAAUCAACCAGCCGGCUGAAAACCUGGCCCCACCACCACCACCACCACCUCCGACCACCACCCAUUCACCGUUCUCAGCCUCCGCUGAUGAGGACAGCAAGAGAUCCGCUGCUGCUGCCGUGGCCGCCAAGCUGGCGGCCUCGACUUCCUCCGCCCAGAUGCUCACUUCCAUUCUCUCAUCCCUCGUGGCCGAGGAAGCUGCCUCUGUGAACGCGGGCCUUAAGAGGCCCAGGCUCGAGCCCGAGGGCCCGCCAGGCCCAUCACCACCCUAUUUCACAAGCAUGCCACCUGGCACGAUGAUGAUGCAGGCAGUUUCUCAAGUUCAGACCCAACCUUUCAUGCCGCCACCUCAGCCUCCGGCGCCGCCACUUGUGCCUUUUAGUUACGGGCCGGGAUCUUUUGCUUUGGCCCCUGGACCGCCAGGUCAGCUGACUCAGCCGAGUGGGCCCCAGCAGGGGCAGCCGCAGGCAAGCGGAGGUUAUUUUAGGCCAGUGGGGGGAGGGUUCUAUGGGCAGCCGCCGACCACACCGCCCGUACACCGCCACAAACGCGGGACACAACUCCCGGUCGAAGCUUAUCCUGACGAUAGCUUUGCACGGGAUGCUAUCGAACCCGUACAAAAUGUACUCGAGCUCCGGGACCGUGAUGUUGAAAAUCCCUCACAAUUGGGCCCUUGGAACAGUUCUCCACAGGUGUUCUUGCACUUGAGCUUGACGAGCCUACCGUUCAUCUUGCGGGCCCAGUCGAGGCCCACUGGGUCCUUUGGGCAGUUGUCGUCUCGCGUGCAGCACAGCUGGCCGGCAACGAGCGGCAUGUUCGGGUCUAUAAUGAGAGCGGCAUGUGAUGACGUCCGCAAUGACGACGCGCAUAGAAGGAGCACGAUGGUGAGUGAGGUGGCGGUGGCCGGGCGGGUCCCCACGAAGGCCAUUGUUUGCUGA